AUGUGGUUAUGGACAUGGUUUUUAAAUAGAUGUAUAUUAUUAUUUCAAUAUUUAUUAAUUCAAUAUAAAGGGUUUCGAUUUAAUUAUGAUGCAAAACAUGCGAUUGAACAGAAAACAAAUCAACAACGGCGGAAAAUGAAUUUGGAUACUAUUGAUACUGUAGAAAAUUUUAAAAAAUUGUUUCCAAAAUAUACUACAUAUUCUUAUUAUAAACCAUAUAUUGAACAAAUUAAAAGUGAUGGUAGUACGAAAGAUAUCAUGAGUAUUGGCUAUCCAAUUGCAUUAACAAAUACAAGUGGAACAACUGGAGAACCAAAGAAUUAUCCAGUUUAUUCAUUUGAUUUAAAUGCAAUAUAUAAUGAUUGUUAUAUGUUGACAAAAUCCGUACCAUUCAAUCUUUUUAAUGGUUGCAAAGCAAUAUCAUUGAAUAGUUUAUAUUAUAAAACAUAUAUUACAAAAGAUAAAUUAAAAACAUAUAAAAUUAGUGCUAUAACAUCAAUUGCAGCAAUGAUAUCAUCAGUAUUUAUAAUGGCAUUAGUCAACUUUUUUACGUUUAUGGAAAAUAAAUUCGAUUUUAUUUGUAAACAUAUUGAAAUGGGUACAAUACCAACAGAUGAAUCAUUAUCAUCGCCGUUACCAAUUGAUGUACGUCUUGUUCUACAAUCAUCAGAGUAUCGUUUAAAACCAAAUCCUAGUCGUGCACAAGAAUUAGCGGAAAUUGUUAGUAAAAAUGGCUUUCAUCAUAUUAGUACACGUCUAUGGCCUAAUUUAAAAUGUGGAAUAUGUAUAUUAAGUCAAAAUUUGAAACAAUUUGAAUUAAAAUUCCUAUCAACAUAUUGGGAUCCUAUCGUACCAAUCUUUCCUUUUGUUUAUGGUAUGAGUGAACAUUAUCAUAUUGCAGUACCAUUGACAACAAAUUCAUAUCAAUUCAUACCAUUAGCACGAUCAGUUUAUUAUGAAUUUAUUGAAGUGAAAAAUGAUGAUCGCCAUGAUGAUGACGAUGACGAUGACGAUGAUCAAUCACCAGAAUCAUUAGAAUUAGAUCAAAUUGAUGAAGGAAAAUUAUAUGAAGUUGUAUUAACAACCUAUAAUGGUUUGUAUCGAUAUAGAACAGAAGACAUUAUCAAAGUAAUAGGACAUUAUUAUACAUUACCAGUAUGGCAGCUCUGUGGCAGACGUGGCCAAUAUUUAUCAAUUGUAACUGAACAUGUCACUGAAAUGAAAUUACGUGAAAUAAUCGAUUCAAUCUUAUUGGAAUACACAGAAGAAUUCACUUCUUCCACACCACAAUAUACUGUUUUCAUUGAUAAAUUAUCUUACAUUCUAGCUAUUGAAGUAGAUGAUGACAAAAAAGAGAAUGAAGAUCGACUACAACAAAUUGGUAAAGAAUUAUGUUUAAAAUUUGAUCAAAAAUUACAAGAAUCUAAUGAAGAAUAUAAGCGUUAUCGUACUAAUCAGAAUAUAUCACUACCAAUUUUACUAUGGUUAAAAUAUAAUACAUUGACAACAGGUACAAGAGAAUAUCGUUUAAAGAAAAGUAAAGGUAGUGGUGCAAAUCAAUUAAAAUCACAAUUGAUUUUAAAUAAUAGAAGCGAAGACGUCAUCAAAUUUAUUAAAGAGAAUAAAGUAUUCGAAACAAGAUAA